AUGGGCGCCGGUAGCUCCAGCGAGCAGCGCAGCCCGGAGCAGCCCGAGGCGGGGAGCGCGCCGCUGGCUGAGCCCGAGUCCAGCGGAGGCGGCCACUCGGCGGAGGAGGCGCCGGGCGCGGCGGGGGACCCAGUCGCGGAAUCCACUACAAAGCUCCUACAGAAGAAUGGGCAGCUAUCAUCUGUCAGUGGCUCAGCUGAGCAGGGUGAGGUCAGCAUCCAGGAGGGAGACCUGAGGGGCCCCGAGGAAGAAGUCGUCACAAACGGUAAGUUACCUUCCCAGUAAGACGAGGCUGUAAUUCUACCUGAUGUUGGACAGAGGGAGUCUGAAGAUGUGAAUGACAAAGAUUCAAAUAAAGAGAUGGCUGCUAACUCGGCAGUUGUGCAGGACACCACAAAGGAUGGGCAGGAGGAAAGACCGGAAAUAAUAGAGCAAAUUCCUUCCUCUGAAACCAAUUUCGAAGAGUUAAUGCAACCUGCUGAGUCCCAGUCGAAUGAUGUUGGAUUUAAGAAAGUAUUUAAGUUUGUUGGCUUUAAAUUCACUGUGAAAAAGGAUAAGUCCGAGAAGGCUGAUGCUGUCAACCUCCUCACUGUUAAAAAAGAUGAAGUCGAAGGAGCAGGAGGCACCAGUGGGGCUGGUGACCACCAGGAAUCCAGUGCGGAGGCUAAAGAAGCUGCUCCCAAGGAAAGCGAACUGAAGCAAUCUACAGAGAAACCCGAAGAAACCGUCCACAGUGAGCCAGGCAACAAUGAAGUCACCCUUAAAACCAAGUCUGACCAAGCAGCAGAAGAAAGCAAAGAAGGAGACGAAGAACCUAGCAAAUCUCCAGAAUCUCCAGGCAGUCCAACCACCAAUGAGACGGCAUCACCCUUCAAAAAAUUCUUCACCCAAGGUUGGGCGGGCUGGAGAAAAAAGACCAGCUUUAGGAAGCCAAAGGAGGAAGAACUGGAAGCGACAGAGAAGAAAAAGGAAAAAGAGCCAGAAAAAGUAGACAUGGAAGAAAAUGGAAAGACAGAGGAUUCCUCUGAGAAACCAAAUGCUUCUCAGCAGCCCCCAACACAGGAGGAGGGGGAAAGAGUUAAGGAAGCCAGGUUAUCAGCAGAGUAUGAAAAAAUAGAGCUCCCCUGUGAAGAUCCCAUUACUGACAUGCAGGGACCUUCGGAAGAAAAGCCCGCUCCUUUAGCAACAGAAGUAUUUGAUGACAAAGUAGAGAUUGUUGCAGACGUCCACGUGACGACUGAGGAGAAGACACCAGAGGAGCAAAAAGCUGAGGUUGAAGUAGCAGUCGAGUCCGUGCCACCUGAGAAACCGGUCGACGCCAGUGCUGAACUUCAGGAAGUCGAGCCUACAGAGGAACCAGUAAAGACUAAAGAAGUGUGUGUCCCCGGAGAGGACGAGACCCAACUAACUGAACUAAGUCCUGAAGAUAAAGCGCCCUCAAAACUCCCAGAAGGCAUUGUGAGUGAAGUGGAAAUGCUCUCAGCACAAGAGAGAACUAAAGUGCAAGGAAGCCCCUUAAAGAAACUUUUUACUAGUACUGGCUUAAAAAAGCUCUCUGGAAAGAAACAGAAAGGAAAAAGAGGAGGUGCAGAGGGAGAGUCAGGGGAUCACAGCCAAGUUCCCGCAGAGUCUCCAGAUAGUGCAGAUGAACAAAAGGGCGAGAGCUCUGCCUCCUCCCCUGAAGAACCUGAGGAGAUUACCUGUCUGGAAAAGGGGAUAGCAGAUGCACAGGCCGAUGGGGAAGCUGAGGAAGGUACUACUUCUGAUGGAGAGAAAAAAAGAGAAGGCGUCACUCCCUGGGCAUCUUUCAAAAAAAUGGUGACACCCAAGAAGCGUGUUAGGAGGCCUUCAGAAAGCGAUAAAGAAGAUGAACCGGACAAGGUAAAGAGUGCGACCUUGUCUUCCACUGAGAGCGCAGCCUCUGAAAUGCAGGAGGAAAUGAAAGGAAGCGGAGAGGAGCAGAAGCCGGAAGAACCAAAGCGCAAGGUGGACACGUCAGUGUCUUGGGAAGCAUUAAUUUGUGUAGGAUCAUCCAAGAAGAGAGCAAGAAAAGGAUCCUCUUCCGAUGAUGAAGGGGCCCCCAAAACAGUGGGAGGAGACAGCCACAAAACGGAUGAAGCAGGAAAAGAGAAAGAAGCAGGGACAGACAGUCUCCCUGCUAGUUCCCAAGAGGCUGACCAAGGCCAAGGAAGCUCCUCACCAGAACAAGCUGGAAGCCCUUCUGAAGGCGAGGGAGUUUCCACCUGGGAGUCAUUUAAAAGAUUAGUUACUCCCAGAAAAAAAUCAAAGUCAAAACUGGAAGACAAAAAUGAAGAGUCUGUCACUGGGUCUGGUGUAGAAACUUCCGCUUCAGAGCUGGAGCCCGGGAAAGAAGAGUCUUGGGUUUCAAUUAAGAAAUUUAUUCCCGGACGAAGGAAGAAAAGGUCAGAUGGGAAACAAGAACAGGCCACCAUUGAAGACACGGGCCCAACAGAAGUCAACGAAGACGACUCUGACGUCCCAGCUGUAGUACCUCUGUCUGAGUACGAUGCCGUAGAACAGGAGAAAAUUGAGGCCCAGCAAGCCCAAAGGAGUGACGAGGAAGUUGAGCAGAAGGAGGUUGUGUGUGUGUCAGAGGAGCACAGCAAGAGUCUGGUUCAUACGGUGACAGUGACAGUGGUAGAUGGGGCCCGGGCAGUCACCAGUGUUGAAGAGAGGUCUCCCUCUUGGAUAUCUGCAUCAGUGACAGAACCUCUGGAACCAGCAGAGAACGAAGCCAAGCCAUCAACUGAGAUGGUCCUUGAACGAGAGGUUCCUGCAGAAGAAGUUCCCAGCACUACCACAACUUUGCCAGAGAGCAAAGAUGCCGGUGAUGAAACAGUUGCUAGGGAGGAGCCAUUAACCACCGACGCUGGGACCACCGCAGAGGCGACGGAGGCGUUUAGUGCUGAAGAAGUAACAGGAGCCUCUGGCGCAGAAGAGACCACAGAAAUGGUGUCCGCAGUUUCCCAGCUCACCGACUCACCAGACACCACCGAGGAAGUCACACCAGUUCAGGAGGUUGAAGGUGAGGUGCCGGACCUUGAAGGCCUAGGGAGACGAACCCAAGAGGUCCUGCAGGCAGUGGCAGAAAAAGUGAAGGAAGAGUCACAGCUGCCUGACUCCAGUGGGCCAGAAGACACAACUCAGGGCCCCCCGAAGGUAGAAUCUACAAUACCAGAGAAGGUGGGAGGAGAAGAGGAGGACUUGACAGGACUUGAUGAGAAGACAGAGGCGGCUGCUGUGUUGAAAGUACACGGACAAGAAACUAAGACUGAGAAUUUCAUCCAAGGGAAGGUGAUCGCUGAGACCAUCCCAGAAAGCUUUGAGAAAGUACCUCAAGUCCCAGAGACUGCACGAUGCAGUGAUCUUGUAAAUACCUCUUCAGUGGAAACUUCAGCUGCAGUCAAAUCACAGAUGAUGAUGGGGCAGGCUGUUAGCCCUGACUCCGUUGAAACCCUCACUGACAGUGAGACCAACGGAAGCACAGCAGUAGCAGAUGUCCCGAAUGCAGCACAGCGAGACAAGAUCAAGGAAAUCCAUGAAGAUGCUGAGGUUGUGUCUCAUAUACAGUCAGAGCUCGAAGAAGCAGAAGCUAUCCCCGCACAAAAAGAGAUGCCUUCCAGUUUUCAAUCUCAGGAAGAAAGUCGAGAACAAUCAAAAACAGAAGAAGCUCUAGAACAUACAGAUAAAGAGCUAUCCGUGGAAACUCAACCCAUCCUUUCGAAGACUGAAGUGAUUCCAAAGGCUGACCAAUUUGCCCACGAGAAAACCAAAGCCGCACCCUUUGCCGAAGGACCUGAGGUGUCUGCAGACACAGAAGUAACCAUCAGUCAGAAAAAAAUAACAGAAAUUGUCCACGAAGGUGAAGUUACUGAAACGGCUGAAUUUCAAGAGACUUUUGCUCAUUCUGAUAGUUUUGGACACCAGAGUCACACUGAGUCUGUCUUGGCCCCAGUUCAAAUCGAAAGCGAGAAGAUUGAAGCACAGCCAACCCAAGUCAGUGAAGAGAAACUUGAGCAAAAAACAGUUGCAACCAUGUUGGAAGAACUCAGUAAGCGGCCAGUUCAGACAGUUUCUGUGACUGUUGUAGAUGGAGCCAAUGAAGUGACCGGUUUUGAAGAGCGCUCCCCUUCCCUAGGUCAAGAGGAGGCAGUAGUAUCCACAGAAAUUAAGGUUCAAAGCUCUGAUGCAUCGUUAACGCUGACUGCCGCAGCCACAGAGGAAAAGGUUGUAGUAGGAGAAACUAUCAAGAUGUUAGAAACAGAAGCUGAAACGUUGGAGUCUGCAGAGGGACACUUAGCACCUGAAGAAAACCCCUCGGACAAAGACAUUACUGCUCCGACAGGAGAAGGGGCCGUGGGGACGGGGUCUCCAGCAGAAUCAGGACCAGUAAUAAUACCUGCAUCUGCUGAGAAAAGAGUGUGUUCUGACUUGGAAGGAGAUACAGCCACAUCAGCAAAGGGGAAAGUGGAUGAAGACAGCCAACAGGUUGUUGGUCAGGAAGUCAGCGUGAGCCUAACACAAGAGGAUGAUUCAAAGGUUGAGAAUGAGAUUCGGGGACUUGAGAGUGAGAGCAGUAAACUGGUACAAACUAUCAUUGAAACGGCUGUUGGCCAGUUGGCAAGGACAGAAGGAGCAUCUGACUCAGAGGCACAGACUCAAGCUACCAACCAGGAAGCUAGACAGGAGACAGAGAAAGAAGAAAGUGAACAUCAGGCCUCUGCACAGGCUGAAAUACAAACUACUGCAACCAAAGAAGGCUGCGACAGAGCCCCUCAUCCUGAUAUUCCCACAGAUGGGAGUGAAGUGUCAGAAAAGGUCAGGACCAUUGAGGUAGAAGGUGCUAGCAUAAAUGACCAGCAGCAGCUUGAAGUGGUCCUCCCAUCAGAGGAAAAGAACGAUGAUGCAUCAGAGUCUUCAUCAGAAGAGAAUGCAAAUGCUGAGUUAGGAGAAACCGCGAGAUCACUGUUGGAAUCCAAAGGGACUGAGGAAGGAGACACCAUUGAUGACCAGGAGAAGCAAAGCUCCACCCUGGAAGAGACUGAUGCCACCGGAGACAUAAGCAAAGAGUCCCCAGAUACAAACGGACCAAAACUGAAAAAGAAGGACGACGUCCAAGAAGGAGAAUUUCCAGAAGGAAAAGUGCAGAGCGGGUCAGAAAAAGAUGCCAGAACACCCCCCCAAGAGGAGAUACACAAGCUAGAGAAAGAACCUGAAAAAUCAGAGCUUACCAAAUCCUCAAACAUGGCGUAA